AAGACAGUUAUUAGGCGGCGCGGGGCAGCCGGCAUGGAGCUCCAGGAGGCGAGGCAGAGCCGGGCGCACUGCGAUCCCGCGUUCAUGGCAGCGCAGCUCGCUUCCAGCCGUCGCUCCUUCCUCCUAGUUCCCGGUUCCUAGACGCCUCCUCCCCCGCCCCAACCUCCGCAGGUCCCUCUCUCUAUGGAUUCAUUUCAGACUGCACAGAUGUUGAGCUUGCCCGCCGAGCUCGGCAGCAACAACUUAGAACUGGCGGAGCUGGCGGAGCCGGAAGAGCGGGCGGCAUCAGUGUCCGAAGGAGACUCGGAGGCCCACCCAGACGAGUCUCCCGAGAACUCUGAAGCUCCCCGGACGCAAGAGCUGGAGCAAACACAGCCCCCGGGGACCUCGACGCCGUCAGAGUGCAAAGUCCUGCUCACACAGGCAGAUGCCUUGGCAUCCGGGGGGCGCCUUCGGGAAGCCCUCGAGGUGUACAGACAGCUCUCCGAGAGGCAGCAGCUCGUGGCUGAGCAGCUGGAGCAGCUGGUGCGCUGUCUGGCUGAGAGCGUCCCGCAGAAGGAGCCGGUGGCGCCAGCUCCCUCGGACCAGAGCGGCACCUCAAGCUGCUGCAAGGUGGCCGUGCAAGAGGCAGGGGAGGCUGCAGCCGUGGCCCCCGAGGUAUGGGAUGGCUUUAAGUGCCGGAAGUGUCACGGAUUUCUCUCAGACCCCGUGUCCUUGUGGUGCGGCCACACCUUUUGUAAACUGUGCCUGGAACGUGGGCGAGCCGCCGAUCGGCGCUGUGCGCUGUGCGGGGUCAAGCUCUCGGCUCUCAUGAUGGCCAGUGGGAGGGCACGCGGGACGCGGCGGGCUGAGCAGCAGGCGCCACUGCAACUGCGAGUCAACGUGGUACUCAGCGGCCUUCUGGGCAAGUUGUUCCCGGGCCCGGCGCGGGCGUCGCAACUCCGGCACGAGGGCAACCGGCUGUAUCGUGAGCGCCAGGUGGAGGCAGCCCUGCUCAAAUACAACGAGGCAGUUCGGCUGGCUCCAAAUGAUCAUUUGCUUUAUAGCAAUCGGUCUCAAAUUUAUUUCACCUUGGAGUCUCAUGAGGAUGCACUGCAUGAUGCAGAAAUAGCAUGUAAACUUCGGCCAAUGGGUUUUAAGGCACACUUCAGAAAAGCACAAGCGUUAGCCACCCUAGGCAAGGUGGAGGAAGCACUCAGAGAAUUUCUCUACUGUGUAUCCCUUGACGGAAGAAACAAGAAAGCCAGAGCGGAAGCUCAAAGGCUUCUCUUUAGUUUCUUUACACCAUCAGUCCCGGGGGAUUCUCAGGAACAUUCUCCUGAUAUCCUGAAGCUGUUGGCACCUCACCCUAGAUUAAAGGAACACGUAGAGUCAAUGACUACUGAAGGCACCAGCCAUAAUCUACCAAAGUUGUCACAGGAAAAUCCAGAGCUUCCACAUUGUUCUAGUCAGGAGGAAGCAGCAGCUGGAGGAGACAGCAGCAACAUGGAGAAGUCAGCUCAAGUAAAGGUGGGUAGUCAAGAAGACAGUGGGAAAGAUCAGGAAGAAGACGAGCAGGAUGCUGCCUCCCUCAGAUCUGGCAAAUGCCAGGGGAAAAAAAGGAACCAUUGCCAAGUUGAUGAAAUCCAAGAAGAUACAGACGUGCCCAAUAAAGUCUCCAAACAAGAUCUUCCUGCUCAUCAAGUGGCCAAACCAGAUCUCAGUAUUCCGCUUGCAUCUUUUGAUGCCUCUGACCUUGAAUGCUCACUGUGUAUGAGAUUAUUCUAUGAGCCAGUCACAACACCUUGUGGGCACACCUUUUGCUUGAAAUGUCUUGAGAGAUGCCUAGAUCAUAAUGCAAAGUGUCCACUGUGCAAAGACGUUCUUUUCCAGUGCUUGCCAUCAAGAAAGUAUAGCAAAAAUGUAAUAAUGGAAGAACUAAUAGCUAAAUUCCUGCCAGAAGAACUCAAGGAACGAAGGAGGCUUUACGAAGAGGAAAUGGAAGAACUCUCUAACUUAAAUAAGAACGUGCCUAUUUUCGUGUGUACCAUGGCCUAUCCGACUGUUCCUUGUCCCCUGCACAUCUUUGAGCCUUGUUACCGCCUGAUGAUUCGGAGAUGUAUUGAGACAGGCACGAAACAGUUUGGCAUGUGCCUUGGAGAUCCUGUCAAAGGGUUUGCAGAAUAUGGCUGCAUCUUAGAGAUCAGAAAUGUCCAGUUCUUUGCUGAUGGCCGAUCGGUGGUUGACAGCAUAGGCAAGAGGCGCUUCAAGGUGCUCCAUCAGGGCCAGCGGGAUGGCUACAACACAGCUGAUAUUGAAUACAUCGAAGAUCAAAAGGUUCAGGGAGAAGAUUGUGCUGAACUCAUGGGCUUACAUAACUGUGUGUAUGAGCAAGCAUCCUCAUGGUUUCAUUCGCUCAAAACAUCUCUGAAGAAUCGGAUACUAAAUCAUUUCGGUCCAAUGCCAGAGAAAGAUCAAGAUCCCCAGGUUAAUCCAAAUGGUCCAGCCUGGUGCUGGUGGACAUUAGCGGUUCUUCCCCUGGAAAGCAGAGCUCAGCUCCCCUUCCUAGCAAUGAGGUCCUUAAAGGAUAGACUCAACGGUAUUCGGCGAAUCCUGGCCUUUAUAUCCAGAAACCAAAAUUAGUGGGAGCAGAUUGCGGAAGAGGCAUUUCCACCCUCUCUACUGCCCUGGGGUGAUUUCUUGUAAAUAUAUCUAACUGCAAUAACACCUUAACAGAAGAGAGUAUCCUAGAGAGAUGUUACUCUGCUUUUUGACCACACAGAAAUUGAGUAGGAAGACCAAAAGAAUGUCACCUGUUUGACUUUCUGUCUUCAGAUGCUUUUUGACACAAACAGCCAGAGGUGUGGAAGAGCCCAGAAAAAGUUGUUUAGCACCAAUUUUUCUGAAAGUCGAAUGUGACCUGUCUUUCAUAGCUGAGUGACUGUGUGGUUGAAAUGUGAAGCAGAGAUGCUAACAUCACUGCAUUCUUUCACUGACUUGAGGUCUCGUUUCAAAUGGUUCAGGUUUUAUAGAGCAUUGUGUAAAAUAAUGUUCAUACUUCUUUCUGUUUUAAUAAUUUAUUUUUUGCACUACUGUAUCCUUUUUCUACAUGUACGUUUGUAACUAUUUAAGUGUACAUUACUGAAAAGUCCAUUGCUUUAUUUAUUGAUGUGGUUGACUAUGUAUGUAGGGGAAAUAACAGUACUAAACAUGUGCAAUGUUCUUUACUUUUUUUCUGAAUUGAUCCCAAUUCUUGGGCCAUUUUUAUAUAGUUCGUGUCUAUCCUAGUGGACUAAGUUUCAAGGAAUUUUGGAAGGCUUCUAAGGUAAUUUGUCUUCACAGAUUCCACUCUUUCAGUUUGAAUUAAGUGAUAGAAACUACUUAAUUGAUUUGGCAUAAGUUGUGGUGUGUGCAAGAGUAAAGUGAAAUAAUCCA